CUCAAUGUCAGUCACAGCGACAAGCUGAGGUGCGGACAUUUCAGGCGGCGGUGGCAGAAGAUUGAGACAGAGUAGGAAUGGAAACCACGACACUGGGGCCUGGUAACUUCAUCAAUUCCUAAGGGAAGUAGAAGGGGAGGAUUCACAUUUUGGAAACUUCAGGAUCUGAGAGCAUUAUCCAAUAUAUCAUAACCACAUGGAGGGGAAAUGUGCUGUCCACAGUGAAGAGAAACCAUACACAUGUCCUGUGUGCGGACGGGGUUUCAGCCAAGCCUCUGGGCUGUCGAAGCACAAAUGGAGCCACAAAAGGGAGAAACCGUGGAAGUGCGGGGACUGUGGCAAGGGGUUCCGAUUCCCAUCUGAGCUGGAAACACACCGGCGCAGUUACACUGGGGAGACCCCAUUCGUCUGCUCCGUGUGCGGAAAGGGAUUCACUCAGUCAUCCCACCUCCGGAGACACCAGCGAGUUCACACCGGGGAGAGGCCAUUCAUCUGCCCUGACUGUGGAAAUGGAUUCACUAAUUCCUCCAACCUGCUGGUACACCGGCGAGUCCACACCGGGGAGAGGCCGUUCACCUGCUCUGAGUGUGGGAAGGGGUUCACUCUGUCAUCCAGCCUGUCGACACACCAGCGGAUCCACACUAGGCAGAAACUGGAGAGUGAUCGUUCACAUGCUUCAAGUGUGGGAAGAGAUUCAGUCAAUCAUCCCAACUGCUGAAACACCACCAAGUUCAUUACUGACUGCAGUGAUGGGAUAUUGCUGUCAGUCACUUCCAUGCUCAUUGGGAUCUGUUUCUACUUAUUUUAAUAAACUCCAGGCUAGGGCAAUGUUCUGGGGGGGCUAGGGGUAGGGGUAGUGUCCCCAGGUUAAUGUUCUGGGGACAUAGAUUUGAAUCUCUUCAUAGCAAAUGGUGAAAUUUGAAUUCAUUAAAUAUUUGAUUAAAAGCUAGCCUAGCAAAUAGCAUGUAACCAUCAAUCAUUGUAAAAACCCAUUUAAUUAGUGACGAAAAUCUGCCCUAUUUAUUUGGCCUGAUAUACAUGAUUAGAUUAGAUUAAGUUCUCUACAGUGUGGAAACAGGCCCUUCUGCCCAACCAGUCCACAUAGACCCUCGAAGAGUAACCCACUCAGACCCAUUUCCCUCUGACUAAUGCACCUAACGCUAUGGGCAAUUUAGCGUGCCAAUUCACCUGACCUGCACAUCUUUGGAGUGUGGGAGGAAACCGGAGCACCCAGAGGAAACCCACACAGAUGAGUGGGGGGGAGGAUGGAGCGCGGAUGUGCAAACUCCACACAGACAUUCGCCCGAGGCUGGAAUCAAACCUGGGACGCUGGUGCUGUGAGGCAGCAGUGCUAACCACUGAGCCACCAUACCGCCCCAACACGCACAGGAAUAUAAUUCAUUCUGAGUCUUAAUUGCUUACUGCAAAGACUCAACAAACCACUCAGUUGUAUCAAACUGCGAUGAAGGAUAAAAAAAGAAAUCGCACUGGAUCAAUCCACCCUGUCUUGAUCUCGGCACUGGAAAAGACUAGGGCAAAACCAGCCCUGCGAAGUUCAUUAGAUAUAGGAGCAGAAUUAGGCCACUCAGCCCAUCGAGUCUGUUCUGCCAUUCAAUCAAAGCUGGUCUGGUCCUCACACCCAUUUUCUUGUCUUCUCUGCAUAACCCUUCAACCUAUUAAAAGUUGGCCUAACUCCCCCUUAACUUUACUCACUGUCGCAGCAUCCACCACACUUUGGGGUAGCGAAUUCCACGAAUUCACAACCCUGUGGGAGAAGUAGAUACUCCUCAGCUCGGUUUUAAAUUUGCUACCCCAUUGAAUAUGACAUCUCGUGGAAUGCCCCACAAGAGGAAGCAUCUGCUCCAUGUCUGUUUUAUCCAUUCCUUUUAUCCUUGAAUACCUCAAUUUGAUCUCCCCUCAUUCUUCAAAUCCAGAGAGUAUAUGCCUAAACUGUUCAAUCUCUCUUCAUACGACAAGCCCCUCAUCUCUCGGAUCAAUCUAUUGAAUCUCCUCUGAACUGCCUCCAAUACCACUACAUCAUUCCUCAAAUAUGGGGACCAAAACUCUGCACAAUACUUCAGGUGUGGUCUCACCAAUACUUGUAUUAUUGCAACAAUCCUUACCUUUUCUAUUCUAUUCUUUUAACUAUAAAAGUCAACAUUCCAUUCACUUUAUUAUCUGCUGUACCUGCAUGCUCAUUUUCUGUGACUCUUGAACGAGGACAUCUAGAUCCCUCUGCACCAGAGAACCCUGAAGACUCUCCCCAUUAAGGUAAUAGGUCGCCUUUUUCAAUCAAAAUUCAUGACCUUGCAUUUAUCCACAUUAAACGCCAUCUGCCACAUUUUGGCCCAUCCUCCUAACCUAUCUGUAUCCAUUUGUAAGGUUCCUGGUUCCUCAAUGCAAUUUAUUGUCCUGCUUAUUUUUGUGUCGUUGGCAAAUUUGGCCUAAGAGCCUUCCAUCCCUGUAUCCAAGUCAUUAAUGUAGAUUGUAAAUAGCUGGGGUCCAAGGACUGAACCCUGUGGCACCCCACUAGUUACAUCUUGCCAUUCAGAAGAAACCCAUUUAUCCUGACUCUUUGUCUUCUGUCCAGCAGCCAGUCAUCUAUCCAGGUUAAUAAUUUUACCCCUAAUCCCAUAUGAUCCAACCUUGUAAAUUAAUCUUUUGUGUGGCAUCUUAUCAAAUGCUUUCAGAAGACCAGAUAUAUUGCAUCCACAGGAUCCCCAUUAUCCACUUUGUUUGUUACAUCUUCAAAGAACUCUAGCAAAUUAGUCAAACAUAAUUUGCUCUUCACAAAACUGGGCUGACUCUGAUGUACAGCGUUUUGACUUUUCAAAUGUCCUGGCAUUGCUUCUUUGAUAACUGAUUCUAAUUCUUUCCCAAUAACAGAUGUUAAGCUAACUGAUCUUUAAUUUCCCACAUUUUCUCUCCCUUUCUGAAUAAGGGCAUGACAUUACCAACAUCCAGGGGCUUGUGGUAAAAUUGGGAGAGUUGUCCCACAGAUUAGCUGAGCAACAGUUUGAUGUAGUCAUUUUCACAGAUUUGUACCUUAUGGCCAACAGCCUGACACCACCAUUGCUAUCCGUGCUCAUGGGACAGAGCUGAUGCAUGUCAGUAUACACCCUGGAAGGAGUUGCAGUGUGAAUCUUCAAAAUUGAUUCUGGGCUCUGUGAAGUUUCAGUGGGUCAAACAUGGACAAGGAAGCCUCCUCUGAUUACCAUGUACUGUUCACUCGUCUGCUGAUAAACGCCUUCAUGUUGAGCAUCAGUUGAAAGAAGCAUUGAGAUUGUCAUGGUCGCAGAAUGUACUCUGGGUGAGCUUCUGCAUUGUCCAUUACCAAGAAUAGCUAAAGAGCACUAUUAUUAACUGGGUGUGUGGCUGGUGGCAGAGGCUUAUGAUAAAGAGAAGAAUCUACUUCAGCUCAUCUUCACCAUCUACAUACUGAAGAUGAGUCCAUGACAUUAUUAGCAAGAAUGACCAUAGCACAGUCCUUAUGGAGACAAGAUCCCACCUUCACAUUGAGUAUACCUCCUUCACAUACUACGUGAUGACUGGGACAGCCUUUCAACAGAUCUAGCAACUCAAAACUGGACAUCCAGGAGGUGCUGAGGGUCGGCAGCAAAUUUGUAUUUGACUGCAGUCUCUAACCUCACAGCCCAGCGUAUUGCUCCACAUUACCAGUACCACCAGGCUGAGAGAUCAUCCACAGUUCAAUAAGGAUUGCAGGAGGGUAUGCCAGGAACAGCACCAGACAUAUCUUAAAAUGGAGAGUCAAUUUGGGGAAGCUACAGUAUACAAAUACUGGAAUACCAAACAGCGAAAGAAGCAUUCAAUAGACAGGACUAACUGAUCAUACGUAAGCUUUCUAGACCUGCUAUAUCCAGUCGUGAAUGAUGGUGGACAAUUAAACAGGAAGUGAAGGCUCCACAAAUGUUGUCGUCCUCAAAUGUGGGGGAGCUCAGCAUAUUGAUGCAAUAGACAAGGCAUUUACAACAAUCUUCAACCAGAUGUUGACUAACGGAUGAUCCAUCUCAGCCUCUGCCUCUAAGCUUCCCAACGUUGGUCUUCAGCCAAUUCAACUCGUUCCCAGUGAUAUCUAGAAAUGGGGGCUGACCAAAUUGGAGUCAGUGGGCAUUAGGGAAACCUCUGCACUGGUUACAGUCAGACCUAACACAAAGCAAGACAAUUGUGGUUGUUGGAGGUCAGUCACUUCAAUUUCAGGACAUCUCUGUAGGUGUUCCUUCGGGUACUGCUCUAGGCCCAACCAUCUUCAGCUGCCUCAGCAAAGACUUUCCUUCUGUCAUAAGGUCAGAAAUGGAGAUGUUCGCCAAUGAUUGCACAAUUUUCACUGCUGUUCUCAACUCUUCAGACACUGGAGUACUGUGUGCCUAUAGGCAGCAAGAUCUGGACAAAAUCCAGAAUUGGGCUGAUAAGUGGCAAAUGACAUUUGUGCUACACAAGUGCCAGGCCAUGACCACCUUCAACUUAAGAGCAUCUAACUAUCACCCCUUGACAUUCAGUUGCAUUACGAAUACUGAAUUUCCCCCAUUAUCAAUGGCCUGGGUGUUACCCAAAAGAACUAGAUGAGUUUUUUACAUAGGUUGUCACAAGAGCAAGUCAGAGGCUAGGAAUUCUGCAGCAGGUAGCUUGCCUCCUGUUUCCCCAAAGCCUUAAUGCCAUCCAAAAGGCACAAGCAAGGAAUGUGAUGGAAUAGCCUUCACUUGUCUUGAUGGGUGCAGCUCCAGUGACACUCAAGAAGCUUGAUACCAUCCAGAACAAAGCAGCUACUUCAGCAGCACCUCAUCCACCACCUCCAAAAUACAGUCCCUUCAGUAACAAUGGGCCGUGGCAGCAGUGUGCAUCAUCGACGGGAUGAACUGCAGUAAUUCACCACUUUAACAAGACCUUACAAAUAUGAAACCUGUGCUACCUAGCAGGACAAGGGCAGCAGAUACAUGGGAACACCAUUGGCUGAGAUUUCCCCUAAAUGUCUGUCACCAUCCUGAUUUGGAACCAUAUCCCCCUUCCAUCGCUGUUAUGGGUCAAAAUCCUGGAACCCUCUGCCUAACAGGAAACUGGAUGCCCCUACACCCCAGGAACAGCAAUGUUUCAAGAAGACAAGCUCACCAACACUGACUCCAGGGCAAUUACGGAUGGGUAAUUCAUGUUAGCCUCACCACUGAUGUUCACGUGAUAUGAAUGACCUAAAAUGUAUUAAAAAUAAAUCAACCUUGUUGAACAUA